AACCCAACCUUGCAAGCCAACACAAGUAAAGUUCGCUUAUUUCACUAGUUGUUGUUAAGGUCUGCACUAUACAAGAAUGUCUCAGGGAAGAGACAGUGCAAAAUCUUUGGUUUUGGUCUCUGUGAUUUGUCUACUGUGCCUGUUGGUUCUUUCGAAAGGUGCUAAUGCAGCAACUUACACUGUUGGAGGACCUGCAGGAUGGAGCUUCAACACUGAUACUUGGCCCAAUGGAAAAAGGUUCAGAGCCGGUGAUAUCUUAGUCUUCAAGUAUGACUCAACGAGCCACAAUGUGGUUGCUGUGGAUAAGAGUGGAUACAGCAACUGCAGAAGUACAGCAGGUGCAAGAGUGUUCCGUUCAGGGAACGAUCAAAUCAAGCUGGCAAGAGGUCAGAACUACUUCAUAUGCAACUAUCCUGGUCACUGUGAAUCUGGGAUGAAGAUUUCCAUUAAUGCAGUUUGAUGCUGUUGAAGACUUGUGGACUUGAAGUAGUUAAUUAUAAACUAUAGCUAGCAUUACUAAAUGUUAGUGUGUGAUGUUUGUAUAUAUUAGUGGCAAUAAUUUUGUGAAGAAAGUAAGUGUGAGCUGGCUGUGUUGAUGGUUCAGUUUGGAAUGUUUGUGUGGUGGGAGUAUGAUAAUGGUGCAUUAGUCACGGGCUCUUCUUAUUAGACAUUGGAUCUGCAUAUUUUGAUGUUAUUCAAGUCUGAGAGAGCCAAUUGUCUGUUGUGUUUGUGUGUCGGUGUCACAGUGUUUGGUUGUAUUAACAAACACAUUUGUAGAAUCAAUAAAUUAAAUUUGCUACGUGA